CUUUAUUUUUAGCCAUGUUCCUUCCGGGCGUCAGUGAGAGGUGCCAUCUUAGAGGAGGGCAGCGGCGGCGUUAACGGCGACGACGGGAGUUUGAUCUUCGCCUCGCAGAGAAGCGGUGGAAGUGCGGUGCUGCGGAACCCGAGAGUUUGGUGUCGUCGUUCGGUAAAGUCCCUGCGCAUGGGUGACAAAAGACCUGGGUCUCCUCCCCCUGUCUCCGAUGUACGGCCAGCGGCUUCCUUGCGUUUAAUUUAUUGAUUUCUUUUUCGUCAGGAACGCCUUCCUCUAGGCCCGGAGCCUGGGACUCGGCCUGUGUCUAUUUCCCCGUUCCGGCUUUUCCUGAGGCCUGCUCUGCUUACGUUCUCGCCUUACCGUUUAACGGAAAUUAAUUCCCAAUUUCUGCAAACGGUGUUUUGAUUAUUUAUUUAUUUAGAAUCUCUUCUCCCGCUCCCCAUCCCCCAGCCCAGCCCGCCUGGGAAAGAAAUGCCUUCUCUUUUUUUUUUAACCUUUUUAGGUAAGUGGUACAGCAUUACCGCUGUAUUCCUAGACCAGCCUCUUUCAUUUAAUCCCUCUUUGGUUAAGUAAUUGUUUUCACCCCAUUCCUUAGUUCCUUAAAGGUUGGGGGGGGGGGGAAACAAGUAGCAAACAUUGUAAAUAAUCACCUGAUUAUUUACAGACAGUGCUUAUUUGUUUGAUAAUCAUAUUUUUUAAAUAGAACAGUGCUUAUGAUAGAGACAUUAUAAAUUCGCUAGGAUAUGAAGGAUAAUUUAUAUUCCCACAAGAUACCAUUUUAGGAAAUGGUGUCCUUUGAUUGCAAGAUAUUUUGCAUCUAGAAAAUGAUUAUUAUACCUACUAGUUUUUUAAAAAUAGUUUUUUUUUGAUACAUGAAUUAUAGUGGAUUAGAAAAUGCAGCUCUUUCUAGAAUGCAGGCUGGCACAGAGACCUAAAACAAUUUAUUAAUCUAAUAGGAAGUAAUUUAUUUGUAUUUGCUGUAGAUUAACAGAUUUAUUUCUUGUAUUUUUUUUUUAAAAAAAACUUGUAACACAAAUAUACAUAUACAUAAGCAGAGUAGUGCACUUUAUCUGAGCUUUCUUCCUCAAUGUGAGUUUAAUGCCUGGUAGCUACAGGAACAGAUCCAUGCAGGUUUUUGGCAACUGUAUGAAAGUGUUUUGUCAUUGCCUUCUGUAGCAGCGUAACUGCAGCAAACUGUAGAGCUGUUAUAAAAGAAAGCUGUGCCUAAAUAUACUAAACUGGGACUUUUGUUGUAGAUAAGUCCUUGUUUGGGCCAUGUCUGGAAGAGUUUUUUUUUUUUUUUAUAAGGAGUAAUAUGGUAAAACCAUAUUGCUGGAAUUGCUUGUUUUUUAAAUUAAGAUUCCAUGCUUUAUAUUUAGUGAGCAAGUGCACAGUGGCAUUAGAUACAGGGUAUAUAAAAAGAAAAGGCUGGCUAUGAGUAGACAGUCUAUGUCUAAACAAAACAGCUGUGACAAAACUAAAGCAAAAUGGGUAUUCCUGAGGAUGAUGGCUAAUCUAUUUUGCCUGCUUUCCUGGCAUAUAGAACAUAUCACCAACAGGAAAUGCAUUCUAGAAGGGCAGUGUGCUGUAACACUGACAGAUUCUAUAGAAUUUUAAAAGCUAUCUAAUAUGUAACAUUAAGCACUUUUGUGAGCCAGAGUGGGCUUUACUUGUAUUGGUGGUGAUAGUAAAAUUUGUAUUGGUAGUAAUUAAAGAACCCCCUAAUGUAGUUAUAGGGCAAAGAACAUUCAUUUUAUUCUGAAUUUACAUUCUAUUUUCUGUAUUAUAUUGAAAACUUAGUGUGAAAACAUGCCUAUUUUUAUAGGCUGUUUCUGACAGUAGAGUACGAAAGGAAUUUAUAAGUGAUUAGUGCUAUCCUUGCAUAUGAGCCUUGUUCACUCCUUUGAGAUGGUUGGAUAUUUCUGAUAAGUCUAUUGCUCUUCCCCUUUAAAACAUGCAAAAAAGGCUUUCAUAACAAGCACACCACUUUUGGCUUAUGGAUGGAAAUGGAUGCAAAUUUAAGUGUUUUUUGGCUACCUAGAUUCUUGUUUCAAGGAAUAACUUCUGUAGGCUCCUGUGCAAAUCUAUGAAUAUCUAUUUAGAGAUCAGCUGAGUUGAAAGGAACCUACUCCAAGGUACAUAUAGAGUUAAAAUUCUCAAAUAUGGAUGCUAUAAAUAAUUUUUAGAGGUAGUCUGAUAUAUGAAAACAUUGUAAUCAAAUCUCCGCCAUCAGAAGGCUGUUAAGAUUUGCUGCCCUUGGCAAGUGUUGUAAUUGAGGAAAGGUUUAAUUAGUUGCAAUAAUUAUCAAAUUAUUGAUUAUCAAAGUAUAAAAAACAGUUUUAAUUAUCAAAGUAUAAAAAACAGUUUUAGGCAACUUAAAUUGAUAAAUACUGUCCUAUAUAUUGGUAGGGAUAGCUGAGAAAUUGGAUACCAGUGCUUUCAAGACAACAAAUCUCUCCAUUCAAGAAACAAGGUCAGAUCAUAUUUUUCAGUUUUGAUUAGGUAGAUUUUACUUAGAGCUUUGAAAGUUAUGUAAAUUGGUGCUGUGAAAUGGCAAGUUAAUUAGCAGAAUGAUAGCUCUAAUUUUGGCUGUUUUAAACAGUUUAAAAUGUAGCUGAAAAUAUUCCCUAGCCAGUAUUUAAGUGUUAGGCGCAAAGGAUCAGGAGCAUAUGUCAAGCCUAUAGGCUCAAGCCUAUACACAAUCUAAUCAACUAAAGUUCAGUAUUAAAUUAACACCAGAUAAUAGUAAAUGGAAUUCAAGAGGGAUUGGACUUUGACUGUUGGUGGCUAGGUAAUAAUUGUAAGCUUAUGAUGUACUUAAUUCUGCCCCUCGGCUCUGUGUGUUCUUCUACAUUUAUAGCUUCAAAGAAUCUUGUAAACAUACAAACAUCCUGUGUUAUCUGGAUAUGCUAAUUGUCAGUGUUUCAUAGUCAAGUGGAGCAAGUUGAAAUGAGCAGAAAAAUUAGAAUCUGAGAGCUUCUGUCUUUAGAUGAUUCACUUUAUAUUGUUAGAAAUAGUUCCCCUCCAAAAGGCUAAUGGCCCUCUUUAGGACUUUGUACCAACUGAAUUCAAUUACAAGGCUUUAUAAAAAUGCCCUUUAAGUACAGAAAUUGAGUUUCCUGCUGUUAGAGAUAUAAAUUAUUUUUGCACUAAAAGAUGGAAAAAUAAUCUUUUUCACAUUCUUUAAAACAGUUGGGGUUUUAAUGCAGCAGUGGAACAGUUCAAUAGUUCUGGCUUAAUCCACAGGGUAACUAACAGUCAUCUGUUACCCAAGUUAGAAAGAUGGUAUGUUCUUAAAUUACUUACAACAGACAUGUGCAAAAUGCUUGGGAUAUGUACUCAGUGGAUAGGUACCAUAAUACUGUUCCCCAAAUUAUCCAGUGUAUAUGAAAAUGAAAUGCUCCUAAAAAUUAUUUUAAUUUUUCUUCUUAUGACAUGUACCUAAAGGACAACUUUUUUUACCAUUUAAAGAUGGUUCAUGACUAUUAUUUUUUUUAAAUAUACAUAUUUUGUUUAAAGUAGAAUGAUUACGCAAAUAAUAAUAUGUAUUUGACAGAAACCUUUUUCCUUCAUUCAGAUUUUUCCAUCUGGAGUACUAGUAUCAUUUUGUGCCAGCAAGACAAGUUUAUGCAUAAAAAAAGAAAUGCAAAUAAAAAACAAUUUUACAGAUGACAUUUUUUAAAUUCCUAUUGUUGAAAUUCAACACAGACAAUAAUUUAUUUUUAAAAAUCCCUCUACUCUUUUAGAGUUGGGGAAAUAUACUAUAAAUAUCCAAAGGCAAAUUAUUUUGUCUGGAGUAAAACUUUCAAACUUACUUUUUUACAUUUAUUAAAAAUUACAUAUGCAAGAUGAUGUUUGAAAGAAUAAAUUUUGUUCUGAUUUUCAGCACAUUAUUUGCUUGUGACUGUAAGAACAUUAAUUGUUAGGAUGUUAGAUCAGUGACAUCCUUUCAAUCUUAUCGCUGACAAGCAACAACAUCUUUUUUUUUUUUUUUAGGAAAAUGUUGCACUGACAAUGAGAGAACAAAAUUUAGAUUAGUUUUUUUUUUAAAAAAAAACUUGAAUAGACUGGAAGUAAAAUGCUUUAUUAAUAUUAUGCUGCCAAAUAUAUUGCACUUGCAAUUGCAAAUACUAUACAAAAGAUUUGUCCAUUUAAUCUAAAAAUACUUCUUACAAGGCACACAUGUGUAAAGUCUGACACGCAGUAUGAAUAUACCUAUUUGUACUGUAUGAUUAUUCAUCUAAAAAAUUAUAUGGAAGAUUGAUUUGUUGAAAUACAGCUUAUUAAUACUGCCCUUGAGUAUACAUUUUUACAUGUAUAAACACAUAAUAUGCAGCUUUAUGUGUAUAUACAUGUCUGACCUUAUAGCUACUAUAUUUUUACUAUGCAGUUAAUAAAGACCGGGGAAGAUUUUUUUCUUUUUUUCAAUAGGUGAAGAGAUCUUGAAGACCAGAAAUUGAAAUACUCUUUUAAUUAAAAAAAAAAAAAAGUAAAAUCCUUGGCUGUGGAAGACGGAUCUUCUUUGCAGCCGGUUUGAAACAGAAGUUCCUCUUUGAAUGAACUAUUUAUUUUGAAGAGGCAGUUAACCACUGUUUCCAGCUUUCCUGGCUAUUCAAAUGGACUUACUUUCUCCAGUAGUUGUAAUUCACCCUUUAUCUGAAUUUUGAAUGAGGAUGAGAUUUGUGUCCUUGACAAUGUGAGGAAGAAAAAUCUUUCUAUCCCGUUGCUAUUUUAUGGAUUGAGUGUUGAUUCGACCUACAGGAGAAAAAUAACUGGAAGUUUUUGAAGAUAGUAUCUGCUGAUCAUACCAAGGAUUAUAUUUUAAAGAAGAUAUUGAUAAUCCUGUAUAGAAGAUUGUGUCAUUUUAAACAUCAGUGUGAUUAACCAUCACUGAAAAAUAACAAAAUUGUAUUCAGCCAUUUGUUUCUACACCUUAAGCUUGAAGGAAAUUAAUUUGAAUAUGUCUAACCAAGGAGAUGAUUGUUAUUUCUAUUUCUACUCUACUUGUACCAAGGGGGAUAAUUGCCCUUUUCGUCACUGUGAAGCUGCCCUUGGAAAUGAAACUGUGUGUGUGCUCUGGCAGGAAGGUCGAUGCUUCAGGAGUAUCUGCCGCUUUAGACACAUGGAGAUUGAUAAAAAGCGCAGUGAAAUACCAUGCUAUUGGGAGAAUCAGCCAUUGGGCUGUCAGAAAUUGAACUGUGCUUUCCACCACAACAAGGGACGUUUUGUGGAUGGGCUUUUCUUACCUCCAAGCAAGACUGUUCUUCCAAAUGUGCCUGAGUCUCCAGAAGAGGAGAUGAAGACUACACAACAAAACAAGCUUUCUGUUCAGUCCAACCCAUCACCUCAGUUGCGUGGAGUGAUGAAGGUGGAAAACUCUGAAAAUGUUCCCAGUCCCACACAUCCACCUGUUGUUAUUAAUGCAGCAGAUGAUGAUGAAGAUGAUGAUGAUCAAUUAUCUGAAGAAGGUGAUGAAUCUAAAAUGCCUGCUCAACAACCAUCUACAGAAAGUCCAAAUGGACUGCGGGUAAUUUCUACUCGGAAAUCAGUGACUAGUGCAAAUCAAGAUAAAGAUAAAAGUUUGAAUUUUGGAAUCAGGACUCUUGAAGAAAUAAAAUCAAAAAAAAUGAAAGAAAAAUCAAAGCAGCAAAAUGACAUUCCUUCUAAAAUGAUUGCUCAACCAAGCCCAGAGAAAGAAAAUGCACGGACUGUGGUCAGAACUGUUACUUUAUCUACGAGGCAAGGUGAGGAGCCUCGGAUUCGAUUAACUGUUUCAGAGAGAUUGGGGAAAAGGAAAUCUACCAUGGUCACCGAGACUGGAAUUCCAUUAAAGCGUAGCCUUGCUGAUAGAUUGGGGAAAAAAAUGGAUUCACUUGAAACUGCAGAAAAAACACCAAAAAGAGUUCAAGUUCCCAGGUCUCUUAAAGAAAGGCUGGGAUUACCAUCUGAGCAAAGCAAUAUGGAAACAGAGUCUGCUGCCAAACCAACUGGUGAGAUCUAUAUUAAAACACUUGAAGAAAUUCGCUUGGAGAAAGCUAGCCAAAAAAAGGGAGAAAUGCACCCCAAACCAAAAGUUGAAGUGGCUUGUAUAACAAAUCCCAAUGCAGUGUCAAAAACUCCUACAGUACGGAUCAAAACCUUUUCUGAAGUCUUGGCUGAGAAAAAACAAAGGGAAAUGGAAGAGGAGCGAAUAAAAACUGAAAAAGAGACCUUUUCCAAACCAAAGCCUGAGUGUGAAUCUCAGAAAGAAGGAUUUCUGGGAACCGCUGUAUCUAAAAAAAGAAAAUUGGAAGAGUCUUCUGUCAAAGCCAAAGACUUUAGGGAAGUGCACAUCAAAACUCUGGAGGAAAUCAAGCAGGAGAAAGCUCACCGCAUGCAGCAAUGUUUGGAAAGCACAUCAAAGACACAGAUACAAUCUGAACGAACUAUAACUGGGAGGAGAAUGUUGAAUGUUACAAAAUUGACAGCUCCUGAAAAGGAAGAAAAAACUCUGGUAUUGAGGUCUUCUCCAAGAAUUUCUACAGGAGACAUUGCUACAAAGCCUUUGAAUGAUAAUGUGAGUAAUUCACAUUCUAAAGUCUAUGUGAAGAGCUUAGAAGAAAUAAGGAAGGAGAAGCAACGGUUAAAGCAACAGCAACAACAAGAGGAAAAGCCCCAGGAACUACAAAUGAAUGUGACACUUGCUGGGGAAGAAAUAGAAGCAAAAAUGCCAGAAGUGACUACAAACUCUGAAUCCCCAGUGACUAUGAGGAAAACCCGUCCACUUCCCAAAAGAUUGUUGGUGAGAUCUCAGGAGGGAACAUCAGAAGGCCUGAGACUUUGCCCUCAGAGUGCAGAACCAAGAACUAAGGUCAAACCCAAGAUGAAUGUGAAACCAUCUGGAGUGAAACCCAUUUCCCCAGCAAAGCAGACACUGAAGCGAAAAACACCAGAGAGUCAUCCCUCUAUUGUUGCUGCAGUGAAGCCUCUGAGCCCUAUCACAAGCACAGAAAUGAAAAAGUUUGCUUCUGAAAACACAGUUCUGGGAAGCACCCAAGAUCAUUCAAAUGAUAGUAUAACCACUAUGCCUAAGAAGGUGGAUUAUAACAGCUCUGACCAGGUUGCCUCCACGUUGCAAGCAGAGAUAGCAAACCCAAGUUCUUCCCGUGCAGCAGUAACAAAGGCCCGCAGACUGAGCUCAACAGGAACUGGGAAGAUUCAGUCUUCAGUUGAAGAUGAUUUUGAUACGCUGAUUUGGGAAAUCUCAGGAGGCAAACUGGAAGCAGAGAUUGAUUUAGAUCCAGGAAAAGAUGAGGAUGAGCUCCUGCUUGAACUCUCUGAGAUGAUUGACAGUUGAUUUGCUACACAGCUUCAUUUUGACAGAAAAUAAAAGCUAUAUGUUUUGUUGGAUUACCCUUUCUAGGAAGGAGAUACGACAAGUCUUAAAGUACACUUGAAACUGCUUGAAGAACUUGGCUGCAUUAGUUUAUUUUGAAUUACCCUGCUGGUCAGAGAUACGUCCUAACUAUUGCGCAUUUUAAAUAUUUUCAGAAUGAAACCAUGAACAUUUCAUCUAGAGAAGAUCCAAGACCACUCAUAGUUCUACACAGCAACUCUUUUUUCAUCAUUAUAUUUUCUACUGGAUUGUCAUACCUGUUUUUCAGCUGUGUGGCUCGUAAUUUCUGUGUAUGUCAGAGCUUUUUGCUUUUGGGAGUUAUUUCUGCAGUUUUGAGUCACUUUUUGGGUUAUGUAAUUUUUUAAAAAAAGCCUAAAAAUGGCAGAACUAUUUAUAAUGCAGAGGAAAGGAAAAUAAACUUGGACCAAGCCUACUACAUGUGGAACUUCUUAUACCAUUGAAACCGAAGCAACAUUUAUAUAGAAGAUGGAAUAGCACAUUUUAUUUUCAUCCCAUUCAUCUUGUGCCAUUUUGACUGGUUUCAUCUAGCAUAUAGAAAUUCAUGGGGGGAGCGUUAAACAUCCUUUUUAAUUUAUUCAUUUGAGAGAUAAUUAAAAACUUGCCCUAAAAAGAUGUGCAAAAUUUAUUCAAAGAUUUCCCUCCCCCCUCUGUAUGGAGAAUAUGAUGGCUGUAUUGCUGGUGCUGCUGCAUGGGUCAUUUUAAACCAACCUUGGGACUGUUGCCCUCUGACAUCGUAAACAGUCUGAGACAUCUCCCAGAGCCUCUGGUUCUUUAGUUGCUCAUUUAACGAACUUUUUCAUCCACAAAUCUACGUAUAUUCUGAAUUUUCUCAUGGACUCAGCUAUGGCCAAAUGAAGAUUUAGGAAUAUUGUGUAUCCUGCAAUUCUUGUAUUUUGUAUGACAUUUUUUCCAUUCUUAAUACUAUUGUUUCUAAUUAGUUUAAUUACCCCAAUCCUGCCAGUUACAACUUAGGGUUAAGAAAUAAUGCAGAAUGUGUUCUUUGUUUAUAUUCCUAGCCACGGGGUGGGAGGGGGACAGUUGCUUCUAAUAUACAUUCUAAUGUAAAUAUAGUAAGCUUUACAGACGAGGGGGGAAAAGGCAGUGCUUUGCCAAUUCAGUUUGAAGUAUUGCCUCUAGGGGAAAAAAGAUGCAAAAAGAUUUAAAUAUUGAAAAAAAGGCUAUCCUGAAUGAACUGUUUGUCUUCAUAUUGCUCCCAAGAAAUUGGAAAUAAUUCUUCAGCAAACUGAAUGGCAAUAGAAUUUUUGGCUGAUUGUAAAUGGAAACUAACAGGUGUCUGAGACUAUGAAAGAAUUUUCCAUGUUGUUGCAGGUGUUCUAGUUUGCUUAAAUAAAAUGUUCUGUUUGAGGUUAGUUUUCUUCCCUUUUCUCUCUUCUGCAUAAGAGAAUUCCACUGAGUUUUUACAUACUCUAUUUUUUUCUGUACAUAUUUCUAUUUAAAUCAUUGUAUCUGAAUCAGAUGUUUAAACAGUUUAACAAUUUGUGUUUUAAAUAAAGAUAAUGUAAGAAUUUU